GAAAGCAGUGAUAGUCCAAACAUGCACCAGUUUUAGUUUCUCUCUCACGGUGGUUGGGACUUUUAUAAGGAAAAAAGCCAUUUUACAAUGAAAUGCAACCAUUUUCAUGAAUUUUAUUUUAUAAAUUUGCAAUAAAGACUCUAAAAAGGACAGAGGAGAAUUGAUUUCAAGCAAGAUAUUUUAUUUGGCUUUUACAAUGGCAGACGAACUGCGAUUAGUGUUAUUAGGAGGAUAUCAGAGUGGUAAGAGUAAUGUGGCACACUCCUUUUUAAAUGUUAAAUGUAAAUCUGACCAAACAACCACACAGUGUGUGAAGAUGGAAGGAAACAUACAUGGCAGGAAAAUCAUUCUUGUGGACACCCCAGGCUGGUGGAAGUUUUUUCAGUUAUGUGACACCCCAGAGCGUCUGAAAGCGGAGCUUGUUAGGAGCACAAAUAUCUGUCCACCUGGACCUCAUGUUUUUCUCCUGGUGAUAGAGGUUGAUUUUGCUUUCUCAGAGAAGCACAGGAAAGUGGCCGAGAGUCAUGUGCAGUUCAUUGGUGAUGACAUCUGGAAUCAAACCAUAAUAGUCUUCACAAAACUGGGUGACAAAACUAUAGAGCAAUAUGUAGAAAGUGAAGGGGAAAACUUGAACAAGCUUACUCAAAAAUGUGGAAAUAGAUAUGUUGGCUUUGACACUAACCUUGAUACAGAUGGCUCCCAGGCGAAGGAAUUAUUUAGGCAGAUAGAGAAACUUGUUGCUGAAAACAAUGGCUGCUUUUUUCAAGUUGAUGCGAGCAGGCUGAUGGAUUUGGAGAUUACAAUGAAAAAUGUGGAAGAGAAAGCAGCUGCCAGAGAACACCAAGUUUUGGAGAAGAGAAGAAAACUGAAAGAAAUCAAAAGUGCAGAUGCAGGGCAUGAUGCUACACCUCUGAAUAUUGUGCUGCUAGGCUGGGUCCUGUCAGGCAAGACAUUAGCUGGCAGUGUCAUCUUGGGCACUGACAUUUCAUUUGACAAGACUUCGAAGUGUGUCCGAACAUGUGGAGAAGUGAAUGGACGACAGAUCACCGUGGUGGACACACCAAGCUGGUGGAAAUUCCUUCCGCAACAACUGAACGCAGAUUCAGUGAAAACUGAGAUCUUGAAGGCAAUGGAUUAUUCCCCCCAUGCCUUCCUCUUGGUUAUUCCGGCAGACACAACGUUUUUAGAAGAGCACUUGGAAGUCAUGUUAGAAAACAUGAGACCACUUGGAGAAAAGGUCUGGAGGCAAACCUUGGUGCUCUUCACAUUUGGAGGAUCAUUGGGGAACAAACCAAUUGAGUACCACAUUGAAAGUGAAGGGGAUGCCCUUGUGAGACUCGUUGAGAUGUGUGGGAACAGAUAUCAUGUGUUUGAGAGCAUGAGAAAGGAUCGCACCCAAGUAAAUCAGUUACUGGAGAAGAUUGAGGAAAUGAUAAUGGAAAAUGCUCUGCUGAAAAGCAAUGAUGAACAUCAGGAAAAGAAAAAGAAGUCUCAAGAAGGAGAAGUCCUAUCGGAGUGGCUUCCAGUUAAGGAUGUAAAAAAAUUACUUAAUGAAGAAUGGGACAGGAGUGACACUAUAGAGAUGUUGAAAACAGUGACCCCACAAAGAGUUGUCAGAAGAGGAAGGAGCAUGCAGUUAUCUCUUGAUUUAAGUGGAGAAGUAAACACAGAAUUAUUUAUCAACAAACACCAGCUAAAAGAUGCAAUUGAGAGGGAAUGGAUUCGUAAGGAAGCAAGAAACAGCUCUCGAAUCCAGUUUCAACAAAAAUGCCUGGAUGCCAAUGACAUGUCCUCAUGUGACGAUGACGAGGACAUACAGAUGUCUUUGGCUAAAGUGCACGACUGGUAUCAAAGGCAUUAUUCAUCAGACUAUGCAAGUGUUUCCAGCUAUGAGGAACAUGACAAGACUCAACAGGAUAGAGAUUCAUCUUUAAGCUUCUAAGACAUUUUGAUGCAUGUCAUUUUCAUACAAACAGAUUCUUGUUUUUAUUAUCUUUCAUUUCUUUGAUCAAUAACAGUGUUUUUUUUUUUUUUGUGAAUA